AUGACCUCCUCGAUCAAACUCUCGGCCCCUCUGAGCCUCACCCACAUCGGCACUGCGACUGCCCUCAUUCAUCUUGGGGACGAUAGCAACCCUGUCACACUCAUCACCGACCCCUUCUUCUCUCAUGCCCCAUUUGAAUUCGAUAUGGGUCUCCUUGUCCUCAAGGCAUCCAUUGAACCGGCUCUAGGCCUUGCCAAUCUCCCUCCUAUCGAUGCUGUUCUCCUGAGCCACGAGGACCAUGUCGACAAUCUUGACGAGCCUGGCCGCCGUCUUCUCGAAGGCCGCAUCGUGCUCACCACCCCUGACGGAGCAAAGAACCUUGCUCCUCGGCCUGGUGUCAAAGCUUUGCAGCCUUGGGAGACUGUUUCUAUCAAGCUCCAGGGACAGACUUUUGAGGUUACUGGAACCCCUUGCGUCCACCUUCCUGGUGGUGAGGUCACUGGCUUCAUCCUGACAACGGAAUCGUUUGGAAAGACUGAUGGCAAGCCAAACGCGAUAUUCUUCUCUGGGGACACAAUUUACAUCCCUGAGCUGGCAAAGAUGAAGGAGAAGUACCACAUCUCCGUCGCCUUGCUCAACCUAGGCAAAGCAACAGCCCCUCUCCCCACGGGCCCCCUUGUAAUCACCAUGGACGGCGCGCAGGCAGUAAAGCUGUUCCGAGAGCUGGGAGCUGACGUGCUGGUCCCCAUGCACUUUGAGAGUUGGGAUCACUUCAAGGAGCAGCGGGAAGAUUUGGCGCAGGCGUUCAAGGCCGAGGGGUUGGACAAGGAGGUUUUGUGGUUGGAGCCUGGGAAGAAGACCAAGCUCGUUUAG